CAUAAUCAAACAAGGGAAGAAGCCCGCCCUUUACUCGCAGCUUUGUUAGGUUUCUACUUAUGUUGAUAUAAGUACCAUGCAAGGCAUCAGUUUUUAUGACGCUUUACACUCGCCUUGGUAACAUCAUGAACAGCAGUCUGCUUAAUAAAUUUCAGCAAAAUCACGGACACGUUCCUCCCUGAUACUAUCAAGAAAAUCCGCAGAAAAUUCAUUUACUGACAGCAGCCAUCCCAAGCUGGCGCAGCUUUUGAUACAUAGUUCAGGGAGUAAUGCUUUUAAUAGUUUAUUAUCGCUUCAAACAGUUGAAACCUAUAAUUAUUAAGACAGAGGCAACACGUAUCCUAGACAUUCCUCUAAUUGUUACUGAACAGUAUCCAAAGGGCCUGGGAAGUACAAUAGAGGAACUGAAUGUAAGCAAUGCUGUUUGUGUGAUCCCCAAAACCAAGUUCAGUAUGGUGUUACCAGAAGUUGAGACUCACUUGAAGAAUUUAUGUGGAGGAAAGGUCAAGCAUAUCAUUCUUUUUGGUGUUGAAACCCAUGUGUGCAUACAGCAGACAGUGAUAGAUCUCUUGGCACGGGGCUUUGAGGUCCACGUUAUGGCAGAUGCUUGCAGUUCACGAAGUCAAAUGGAUCGAAUGUUUGCUCUGGAACGUUUCCGUCAUAUCGGAGCAACUGUGACUACCAGUGAGGCUGUGCUGCUGCAGCUGGUGGGUGACAAGGACCACCCAAAGUUCAAGGAGAUUCAGGCUAUCAUCAAAAUAAGUGCUCCAGAAUCAGGACUUGUUUCAAGCUUAUGAUGCAGCAUGUUCAGUGGGAUUUAAAUGUAGCUCAUAAUGUACAGGUGUGUAAACUAUUUACAUGCAAAGCAAUUUUGGUCUGUGUGGAUUCUAAUUUGAAAAGAUUUUUUUUAAAUUCAGAAUUUUUAUUAAGUGAAAAAUAAAGUAUAAAUUAAAAUUCAUGAAAAUUAUGGUAAUCUACUGGUUUAUUUUAAUUCAGUUUACGUUCUUGUCUUGAGACAGAUUUGACUGGUGCAGAAAGCAAUUAUGUAUAGUAGUCGUCGCAAUAAGUUACACGAAGUCUAAAGCAAAGAUGUAAGUCACUUGGUUCUAGUUUAUUGGAUUAUUCAUGAUUUAACUGUACUGUUAACAUAGCUGCCAGAUUAAAUAGUUUAGAAAUUUUCAUCUUAGCAUCAUGUUUGUUUAAGAGAAGAAAUUUGUCAGUAUUGCUGUAUACAUCUUUUUGUUUGGGUCAUAUUUUUGUCUAUUAUAGCAUAUGAAGAUCACAUUCUUGAUACAAACAGAACAAUAGCACUAAAUAUCAGAUUUCUUUUAUAAAUUCUGUACACAGA